AUGAGGUCAUUGAUUCCAAUUUUGCUUCUGAUAGUUUGGUCUUUGUCGCUGCGACCUGCUGCGGCUGUGGACGUCCAACAAAAUGUUACCAUUUGCAACUGGGCACGUCUACGCGCUGGCGUUAUUCGUGAUGCCGUCUAUCUCGAUGGUGGUCUCCUUUGGUGGCAGACUGCCUUUGCCGACGGCACCACUCCCGUUGUGAGCAGUGACGGCAAUGUCGCUGGAGACAUGUUCAUGCUCAAUUUCUCCACUCCCUUCAAUACUGCUUCUACCAAUUUAUCUGCUUUGCUCCAGCGGAUGCCCAAGGCUGGUGGUGCCGGCAACAACAUAGCUCCAAAUUAUGUCGACGGCACCAUGUUCACCAACGAUGGCGAGCUCUAUCUAUACGGUGGCUUGCCCCGGCUCACCGAUGCCACCUCACCUCAAAGCGCUCAAGCUGUUCUGGGCUAUGAAGCCUAUCAGUAUGGUCCAGACCGACCGAGCUGGGCCCCCGGCUUCUAUCAAGGCACCCUACCUGAUGACGUUACGCGCUAUGUGACCAACGGCGCUGGAGUGUCCGCCCCGAGCGAGGAUCUUGGCUUUUACUUUAGUGGCAUGAGAGCUCCAGGCUGGGGUCCAAUCUAUUAUGACGACUCGUCUGCCAAUGUCACGGCAAAUACUCUGAUACAGGUUGAUAUGUCGACGAUGAGAAAUGAAGAAUGGACCAACAUCACUAUUCCAGACAACAUCCCAGCCCGUGCAAACGCAGAACUAGUAUGGGUUCCAGCCUCGGAACGUGGUAUCUUGGUUGCUAUCGGAGGUGUCAUUGAACCUGAAGAGAUUUGGGCACGAGGUCUCAAUGAAUCGCAACAAGAGGAGAGUCGAGCACAAAGCCCUGGGUUCAUGACAUCUGUCCCUGUCUAUGACAUUGCCUCGCAGGAGUGGUAUCUGCAGAAUACUACUGGCGAAGCCCCAGGCCAAUUGACCCAGUUUUGCUCGGUUUUGGCUACCGCGCAAGAUUCGUCUUCACACAACAUAUACAUCUAUGGUGGCUAUAACGGACUGGAUUCUGGCAAUGUCCCUUCCGAUGAUGUUUGGAUCUUGUCGCUCCCCUCAUUCACCUGGGUCAACGCUUACAAAGGCACGUCCACCCAUGGACGUUCUGGCCACAGAUGUGUAACUCCAUACCCGGACCAGAUGUUUGUCAUUGGUGGAGUUCAUCAGAAUCAGGCCAACUGUGUCGAAGGCGGCAUCAUCCAGGUUUUCAAUCUCAACACCUUGGAGUUUCAGGACUCGUAUGACCCUGAUGUAUGGUCAAACUACGAGGUUCCUGCUGCCCUCCGUGAAGUGAUUGGUGGCAACAGAGAUGGGGGCUCAACCGCGACGACAUCCUGGUCUGAAGAUGCUCUGGAAACUCUCUUCACUUCGCGAUAUUCAAAGCAAGUCACUCAAUAUUAUCCUUACUCGUCUGUAUCAGCGUCAGCAAGCAACGCAGAAGACGAAAGUUCUUCCGGGGGCGUGGGUAGGGCUGCCAUCAUUGGGAUAAGCGUCGCUGCUGGAAUAGUAGGCCUGCUCAUUAUCAUCCUCUGUCUCCUCCUUCUCCGUCGAAGACGUAUCAUCCGCAGCGGCUCAUCGGUCAAAUCAUCAACCUCGGGUCAUAGCAGAGUCACGAACUGGCUCAACGGCGGGUCCUUCAUUUCGUCCAAAACAAGAUCUCCGGUUUCACCAAUGGAUCCGGAUCAGAUGGAGAAGAAAGUGACUGAUUCUUCUGAAUCGACCCCUCCUCUCCAGCCACAGCGACAUGAGAUGGCUGGCACAGAGAGGCCUAAGCCGCCCUAUGAAAUGGCCACAGCUUACAACGACUUGGAUCAUCCUCGGCAUUCGAGCAUCCUAGAUGGCGCAUAUGACUCCAAGUACGGGCAUACACAUGCACACAGUAACUCCAAGUCGACGUCUUCCAACGAAUACCGCCCUUCACCUCUAAGCGGCACCCAGUUUGCCAACCCUCAGAACGAGGAAGAAUUUUCGUUUUCACGAAGCUCCUAUGGCCCAGGUCAGGAUACUGUUAAUUGGCCGUUUCCAUCCGUGGGGGCUGCUCCAUACAACGGAGAGAAACGCACGCGCUUCGAGAAUGACAACAGCCCUGCCAGCUCCAGCAUACACCCGAUAGUAGAAGAGUCUAAUCAGAUUCACGAACUCGGCGCCGAGCGAGGAACAGCUCGAGGCAGCACUGGCUUCGCUACGAUGCAUCCUAAUGACAGCGCUAGUAGUGGGUUCGACACACUACCGAGUCCACGGCCGGACGGACCUCUUACGGGACCAGACGAUCGCCGUCAAAGUCUUUUCCACGCCGGCGUGAGCCCGGUGACACCCACCUCGCAGCACAGAUAUUCCUCGCAUUUGACAUGAUUUGAUGUAUGUUUUGAGCGAAAGAGCUGGGAUUGAGCAGAUACCAACGCACUAUAUCUCUUGUUGCAAAGGGAGGUAAUGAAACGACCAAAAUAUUAACAUGAGCCUCAUUUAUUUCCGAAAUGAUAUUAUAUAAUGUACAAGCGAGACACUACGCAUGGCCUG